AUGGCAAACAAGAACAAGAAGGCGGGCACCAACUACUUCGCGCUCCUGGAGACAGAUGACCCCGGCGACACACGCCUCGAGCUGCCACAGGCCACACCUGCCAGCCUUACCGAACAACUCUUCGGCAAAGCAUACCCUUCUGCUUGGGAGAUCAUGAGGAACAGGCAGAAGCAGCAGUACAGCGCCCCGCCGGCGAACGCGAAAGCUCGGGCGGACAGCAAGAAGGGCGCGGAGGGCAGCAGUGCGAGGAAGCAGGGACAGGGAGGUCGUCACGCCAAUGAAGCUUCACAUAGUUGA